AUGGCUCUUCUUCCAGAUACGGCCGAGGAAGAUAAUACUUUUUUUGUUGAGCUGGCAGCCAAUAUUGGACCUUCUAUGGCUCUUCCAACAGUACGACUCAAGCCAAAAGCCGAGGUCAUUCAUUCUCAUACCAAGCCAUUUCAGCCGGAAGACACAACCAUUUAUGUGCGGGACGAAAUUAAAAGAAUAACAGUUGUGUGGAAUGAGUGGCUUGACGCAGUUGCUGACGACCAACAUAAUCAAUCAUGCAAGCUCAUAUUCCGCGGUUCCCAUGACUGGGCUCUUCAAGCCUUGGAUAUGGUUUGUUGUUUUGCAAGCACGGCAGCACACAUACCAUCUAUCGGAGACGAAGAUAAAGCAAACAACCCCAAUACGAUGCUUCACUGCUCAGUUCGGCUAUUUUUUGCAAUAUACCUGAUGUCGAUGCCGUUGAAAGUGAGUGGGAUGGGUAUUGAAAGUGAAAAGGAGCGUAUAGAAGUGGAGUACCAGUUCAAGUCCAAGGCACGCAACAUCUUGGAGAACUUGAUUAGUAAAAUAUCCAAGAACUUGGACAAUCUAAUAUGCAAGAAGCGAAGACAGUAUAUCGGACAUAUCCUAGUCACUCUUGUCUUCUUGUCACUUUCCUGCCACUUCAACCAAUCCAUUCGCUUGAGACUGGCCGGCAUUGCUGGGAACGAAUCUUCAGCCAAAGCAGAUAUUGAUACCAUGAACAGAAAUAUCCACUGCAUCAAUGAAUUGGUUUAUUCCACCUUUCGACCCCAGAUUGAGAGGAUACUCAAGCCUCGGAAGCAAGGGGAUAACAAUCAAGACCAACUAAGCACUUCAACUGUGGAGCUUCGGCAGAUUAAUUCAGAGUUGAUAUGGGGCUUAUGGUCCACGGUAACCGACAUCAGUGAGUAUACCUUCUCCCUCAAGUAG